AUGGAUUCAAAUCAGCAUUUACUCGGCAAGAACCACCCUAUGGAAGAGGAUAACGACGUUGAUGUGCUGUUGGGUUCCAAUUUAGAAAAAGACUCGGAGCAAGAGCUAGACGAUAGUCUUGUAUUCGUUCAGCAAGACGAUACCGAGGACACAGGGUCGUUGUUCACGAGAAAGAUAACCUUCGAACUUUCUGAUUCCGAUGAUGAAGAGGAUGCGGAAGGAUACUUCGCACGGAGUAAUAGCAAUCCCCAUAAUCGUGAUACUUUAACCUCCAGUGCCGAUCCCACUGUGGGGACCAUCUCCUUCAACUUUCGGUCUUAUCGAAGCCUAAGAAAGUUCGAAAUCAACAUCUAUAAUUAUAGGAUAGGUAAGGAGGCUGCGCAAGGUGGUACUAGUGAGGUCAUCUUCGGUGAGCCUAUGGUUAGGGAAUUCAAUCCUCAGGCUCCAAUCAACGCAGAGCUCAGUGGUGAGAGCUGCAGUCUCUGUGAAGCGAACCCUUGUAAGUCCAUCCUUCUUCGUGAAGAGAGGUUUGAGUCACCUCGUAUUCUCGGUCUUUCGGUAGAGACGCCGCCCAGAAAGUUCCUCGUGAUCGUGGACGCCUUGUCCACAGAGAUAGCGAAAGGUAAUGUCGUUUCUCCAUCUGCGUUUCAUGACUUGUAUAGGCAUGGUUCCAAAUACGUUGGUAUAAUCGCUGAGAACGUGGAAUACUUGAUCACAGUAACGUGUUCCUCAUGUAAGCAGUUCACCAAUCGGCUCCAAAGACUUCUGGCAUUGGCUGUUAGAGCAAUUAGACUCUUUGAUGAAGAAAAUGAGCAUAUUUUACACGAAGGCUUGGAAGACUUCAAUUCACAAUUGCAUGAAAGCUAUGCUGACUGCGCCGGGUUGUUGAAAGACCUCUAUCAAUUUGAAAACAAAGUCAGGGAGAAGAAGUUGUUUUGGCAGGCGAACGCCUCUGAAACAAUCACACUGAUGGAAGAGGCUGCGUACUUUGAUGCCCAUGUGGAUGAUAUUGAGGAGAAUUUUCGGGAACACAACGAUGAGACCAUAUAUUUCACAGACUCACAAGAAUCUUGUUACAUUGAUUUGUAUAAAAACGCAAUGCAAUUCUUGAUAGAAGAGGACGCAGGUACCUUGGUCAAUCAGUUGGGAUGCGCCUUGAGCCAGAUCCUAGUGGAUUUGAAAGAAUUGCAAGAAAUCGUGAAGAUCAUCUUGGGAUGGCUUGUUGGGAGGCUCUAUUAA